CCCCGCCGUGUCCCAGUAAAGCGAUUUGAGCUCGUGCAUGGACUCGUCCCUACGGCCACGGAUGGCAACAUGGCGACAGAGUUUCAUAACCUGCAGGAGCUGAGGCACAGCGCAUCACUGGCCAACAAAGUUUUCAUCCAGAGAGACUACAGUGAAGGAACCACCUGCAAGUUUCAGACCAAGUUCCCCUCUGAGCUGGAGAGCAGGAUUGAGAGGACGCUGUUUGAGGACACUGUGAAGACGCUGAAUAAUUACUACGCUGAGGCAGAAAAGAUCGGGGGACAGUCGUACUUGGAGGGCUGUCUGGCCUGCGCCACUGCAUAUCUUAUCUUCCUCUGCAUGGAGACGCGCUACGAGAAGGUGUUGAAGAAGAUUGCCAAAUACAUUCAGGAGCAGAAUGAGAAGAUUUACGCCCCCAGAGGUCUCCUAAUCACAGAUCCCAUCGAACGAGGGAUGCGUGUUAUAGAAAUCUCCAUCUAUGAAGACCGAGGCUCCAGUGGUUCCAGCUCAGGCAGCAGCUCUGUGUCCGGCAGCACUGCCCGAUGACCAGAUGCUUCCCCGUGCCCCGACGCUUCCCC